CGUCUCGCGGAUAUAAGACACAUACUCCACCCAGUCGAAGAUCGACUCCUCUUUCUUAGGCCUCGCCGUCUUCUCUAGACGUAUCUAACUCGAGUCCAAGCUCGGCUUCACACAUCAAACCAGCCACUUUUUGCUCUAGGUUUUGCUUCCUGGGCUGCAGGUUUCUUGACAAUGUAUGUUUCAAACAUAUUCAUCCCGGAGCAAAAUUAUGCGUUGGUAGGAGUAGGGUUUACGUUCACUGUCCUCGCUAUUAUUUUUGUGGUGCUAAGAAUCUUCACCCGGGUAUGGCUGGUGAGGAGUGUGGGCGCUGAUGAUGGCUUCAUCGCAAUCUCUACGUUUGGUACCUUGGGGUUCUUGAUCGCAGUCAUGGAGCAGGUUCGCUAUGGCCUGGGCGAGGCUCCUGAUCCCAAACUCCUAUCUCCAUUCAUCCAAGCGACAGUUGCGAGCGUCAUCUCCUACACAGUCUGCCAUCUCGCCGUCAAACUCUCCAUCUCAAUCCAAUGCCUGCGCAUCUUUGCCACGCCGGCCGCGAGGCGUCUCUUCAUUGGCCUCAUAAUCUUCCUCUCAAUCUACGGGACGCUGUGUCUGGUGCUGACCAUCAUUACUUGCUGGCCGGUGGCGAAGUACUGGGACGACUCGAUCCCGGGGAAGUGUCUCGACAAUCGAGCUAUGCGUUACGCGUUUGCGGGGAUUAAUAUCGCCAACGAUAUUGUGCUGUUGAUCGCGCCGAUGCCAUUCCUGAAGGGCUUGCAAAUCGCGAGGAGGGUCAAGUUUGUUUUGAUGGGCGUGUUUGCCGCUGGUGGUGUUGCUUGCAUUAUCGCCAUCAUCAGGCUGUACUCCCUCUGGGCUUACAGUUCAGUUCCUGUUUCUGAACGACCAGUGAAGGGAAUCGACAUUGCCAUCUGGUCCGGUCUCGAGUGCAACAUUGCCAUUAUCUGCGCCUGUGUUCCUUCACUUAAACCACUCUCGUCUAGGACCUUUCCCGGCCUCGUUGGCUCUUUGAACCACUCCUCAAAGCAUCCCAGCGGUGGUCGCUACACACACGGUAGCUCGCACAACUACGACAAUAUUACACACAACACCCGCAAGAACGGCUCUGUUGUUGACACCGAUACUCGAGGAAUCAACGUGGAGCAGUCUUUCGAGAUGAAGACUACAGCGGGUAGUGACAACGACAGCGAAAAGAACCUCGUGACUGGUACGGCGGCAGCAUAUCAUUCGCAAAUAUAUACUAGCACAAACCGAAGGUUACCAGAACCUAUGAGAAAAUAA